CGCUCCCGCCUGGCCCCCGGCAAAGUUUGCUUGGCCCCGGGACUCAUCUUCAACUGUCAAGCGCUGUCAGCGGAAAUGAUGAGACCUUGGCCAUUUUCCGAGUCCGGGUUUCCUUCCUGAGCUCGGUGUGAGUGUGUGCGUGUGCGUGUGCGUGUGCGUGUGGUGUGUGUGUGUGUGUGUGUGUGUGUGUGUGUGUGUGUGUGUGUGUGUGUGAGAGAGAGAGAGAGUGAGUGUGUGUGCGUGUGAGAGGAGAGAGACAGCCAGAGACCGGAGAGACACGGAGAGACAGAGAGACAGCCAGAGACAGAGCUGGAGGGGGCGACUGGCUGAGCGGAUUUUGGGGGGAGUGGGAGAGGACACCGCUGACUAGUGAGACCAUGGACCGGCUCCAUCCCCACGGCUUCUCUCUCAGCUCUGUCUCCCUGCCUCGGCCCCGGCAAUGAAUGGGCCAGCCCUUCAGCCUUCACCCUCCUCGAACCCCCGGGGCUGGAGUGAAUUCUGUGAGCUUCAUGCCGUGGCCACAGCCAAGGAGUUGGCCAAGCAGUAUUGGCUAUUCGCCAGCGAGCAUCCCCACCAUGACCUGCUGGGGGCUGACCACUUCUCGCUGCAAUUCACGGACCUCUUCCAACAGUAUUUCCGACACGAGGUGAGAGAGGGCUGGGCCAUGCACCAGCUAAGGCUGCGGCCCCUCACCUCCCGGGUCCGAGACUACCGAGAGACCGGCCGGAGGCACACGGAUGGCUCGGCAGCGCCCCCCAAGGCGGAGGCGCCUCCGGAUGCUGGCGAGCGGCCUCCUGAGGUCACCGUCCAGACCCUGCCCAAGUCCCGGAGCUCGGAGGAGCUCAGCGGAGCCUCUCCCCGCUCCCUCGCUCAUUAUUCUUUUCACCACCUUCGAAGGAGCCUCCGCCAUAUCUUCCGACGGCGUCCCUCGGAAACACUGGCCGCUGGGGAAGGGACAGCUGAGGGUGAGGCAGGGGACCCCCCUUCUAAACCGGGCCUGGCCAAGAAAAUCCUGCCCUGGAGCCUGUCCAGGGAGCCGGCUCCUGAGGCCCGGAAGGAGGGCGUCCUCAAAUAUGGCCUAGUGGACGAAGCCACCAUGGACAGCGGGGCCCUUCGGCAGAGGGGCCGGCUGGUAUUGAGGAAGGUGGUGAGCCCAGAAGGUGGCGAAGACUACGUCCUGGAGCUGUUUGAUCCCCCCAAGGGUUCCAAGCCCAAGCUCCAGGCCGCUUGUUCUUCCAUUCACGAGGUCCGGAGAUGCACCCGAUUAGAAAUGCCAGACAACCUCAACACCUUUGUCCUUAAGGUGAAUAAUUUAACCGACAUCAUCUUUGAGGCAGGAGAUGAGCAGCAGCUGAAUUCCUGGACCACAGAGAUCAGAGAAUGCAUGAGCCGAGGUAGGUCAGAAGGAGCUGACCUAGAAUCACAGACCCCCUCAUUGCUGGACCCUGGGCUAUCCAACUCCCCCAGUGGGAGCACCGACUCCCUAAACCAAGGUGCCUCACCUGGCGGACUGCUCGAUCAGGCCUGUCAGAAAACGGACCACUUCCUCUCCUGUUAUCCCUGGUUUCACGGCCCCAUCUCCCGAGUCAAGGCGGCUCAGCUAGUGCAGUUACAAGGGCCUGCAGGUCACGGAGUGUUCCUGGUUCGGCAGAGUGAGACACGAAGGGGAGAAUACGUCCUCACUUUCAACUUCCAGGGCAGAGCCAAGCACCUGCGCCUGUCACUGACUGAACGAGGGCACUGCCGGGUGCAACACCUACACUUCCCUUCCAUUGUGGACAUGCUGCAUCACUUCCAGCGCUCCCCCAUCCCCCUGGAGUGUGGGGCCGCCUGUGACGUCAAGCUCUCCAGUUACGUGGUGGUGGUCUCCCACACGCCAGGUUCAAGCAACACAGUUCUGCUCCCUUUCUCGGUCCACCGCUGGAGUUCUGAAUUGGGCCUUCCUCACCUCAGUUCCUCUGGCUGCCCUCACACACUUAUCCCCGAGGACCUCCCGCCAUCCAGGGCCUCUCCCUCUGAGCAGAUCUUCCACCUGUUGCCUCCACCUGAAGAAUUGGCCAACAGCCUACGGCAUAUGGAGCAGUCAGCGGAGCCUCCAAGCCAACCCCGGGACUCAGAUUACGAGAUAGAUUCGCCUAACAGGAGUCACAUCCGGGCCAUAGACAAUCAAUACACGCCUCUCUGAAGGACGGUUGGUGGCAACCUUGUCCUCCGCUUGGCAGCAGCCCCCCUCCCCCCCGCCUCACAGAAGCAUCAUGCACUUUUACCUGUAGAGCUGGGGACUUCUGAAUGUACCUCUUUAUCUUUCUUCUUGCUAGACAGAGGGAUGUUGUUGAUUGUUCAUCCCAGUUUGGAUGCACCCCUAUUAGGCCUGUUCAAGGGCCUCUUGUUUAAUCCUCUUACAACUUCCUAAUCACUGUUUACACAACUAGUUGUUGUUGAUGACAUCUGGAGUCUGGGAGGGGUGGCCCUGCACACUGCCCCCUGUGCCCCCUGUGCCCCCUUCCCCCCAAGGAGGUUGUGGCAGAACAACCAGACAGAUCUCUGAUAAGUGGGCCAAGGAAACCCUAAACACUAAUGCCCUAGAAUACAAACAGAGACCCGUGUCAUCACCAGCUAAGGAAAAGGAAAAGGCGGGACAGCUGUGUCUCCUGCUACAGCUUGACACUGCUUUGGCUAACACUUCUUCCACUUGCACUCUCAGAAUGAAGGGCAAGUUUGAGGCGUAUAUGGAAAGUUAACAUGAAAACAGGGGGGAAAUUUUUUUUUUUUUACCUGAUUAGUUCUUAAAGGAGGUUUCUAACCUAAACGGUUGCUUGCUUCUCUUAUUGCACUGUUUAGACUAAUAAAAAAUGCUAUUUUUGUAGUUAAAAGAGAUAUGCAAAUGUUACUUCACUAGCUCAUGGUUCCAAGCCCAAAUGGGUCUGUUUUGUUUCCCUGACGAAUUCUCAGGAAAAACCACUUUUCCAUUCUAAAAAAUGACAAUGGGCUUGCACCAGAAACAAACUGCAAAAAGUGAAGCAUGUUGCAUCUUGAGGGAAAUGAAAGUUCUGACUGCCUUGGGAGGACAGUGAUGAAGAAUUCUAUCCUGGUGCCUUAUUUAUAAAGAACUGGCUUCAGAAGUUCACUUCUUGGGGGGCAUUAGUGGAGAGAAGGGGAAUCGCAAUUCCCAGGCCCUUCACAAUGAAAUUCUUCACUAAAGGUAGGGGGGGGGUACCCACAACACUCUAAGCUCUGGUUGUUUUUCCAAUGAUCCCAUGAAUGAUUUAUUUUUAUUGUGGGAACCUAAAAUGCAAGCUAAGAUUUCAGGGCCGUGGCCAGUAAGACUGUGUAGCGUAUUCAGUGCAUAAUAAACUUUUUGCAAGCCAGCCAGUCACUGCUUAAUUAAUCUCUGUGUUUUCGGUGAAAUAGGCAUGUGUGUUAGACACACAUAAGACAAAAACAGACACCCACACACUUGUCCCAGUCUCACUGAGAUCUCAAAAGUUCCUAUUCUCUCUACCUAUCCUUUCCUUUGGACCUGCUAGAUAAUUCUCAGGGGUCAAGCUCACAAAGACACAAAGAUGACAGCAACAGAAUGGAGACAGCAGCUCUCACGAUCCAGCAUUUAGACGAGCCGGACACCUGCUCACGCUACUGCUAGGAUUUUCCCCUCAGAAGCUAAAACCAACCAUGCCUACACAUUCAACACAUGCAGUUCUAUACAUCUCCACAUACUGGAGCUGCUUUUAGUAUAAAUUCUGCCUCUUCUUUUAUGGAAUUCCUAAUCCCUGCAGCUUUCUUCUUCCUCCGGGUUGUGGGAUAGUAAUUCGGAUAGUCCAUCCGUCAGCCUCGAUCACGGAGAAUCCCAAUUUUAGCUCCAGGGGUGUUGUGAGCAAAGUGCUACAGAAAUGAAAGCUGUUAUGACCACUCUCACGCGAGUGAGGGCUGAAGUAGCCGCUGGCUGCCCAACAGCAACAAGGGCUCCCUCUUCCUUCCUCUCUCUGGUCCCAGUGACUGCCUGUCAAUUUCACAUUGUAAGCUAGAGAGACUCUGGCUUCUGUUUCCAAGCUAUCCGUCCCGUCACCAGCUCAGGACUAAGUGUCAAUAAGAGGCAUUUAAGAGUGAAUAAAGGAAGCACUGAGUUCAUGUCCUGCUGCUGUGUGAUCUUGGGCAAGUCACUUCCCUCUCUAAAGGCAGAGUAGGUGCUGGCUCGCAUCAGUUCAACCAUGAAAGGCUUUCCCUGGCUUCUCCAGUACGGGCAGGGACCGAGUGGCCACGGCCAUGCCAGUGCAGGCCGCCAGCAGCCAGGCCCUCGUACUUCUCAUCGGCUAUUCGGCCCCCUUAAUGCCAGACAUGUGCAGUGAGAGCACGAAUCCCUCGCAGGAAGGUAGGCCCUCUCCCCAACAACAUGCUCACAUGUUGCAAUCCAAAGUGUCCCGAAGGCUCCCUGACCUCACAAAAAGGGAGCUUUGGUGACCCUGCCCUGCCGUCCUUGUCUUUCUCGGCAGGCAGAGGCCUCGGUGACUUUCACAGCAUUCCCCCUCCCUGGGCAGCUUCCCGAGGACAAGCACGAGCACCCAACAGGGAAGCUUCUCUCUAGCUUCUGCCACACAUGCCAUCGCACCAGGUCUCCUUCCUCAACCCACCUUUAUUCUGAGAUGAACCACACAGUCGAGCCAUCAACUCUUCUCAAGAUCCCUGCUAAGGAUGAGUUUCAUAUUUCUGAGAAGUGUCAGCAUCCAAGCUAGCUCUCUCUACAUUCUGUCCUAACUGUAGCGAAGAGAAUUAUUACAGUGCAUUAUUACAGACGUUUUGUCUCCCAGCACCAUCGUUCCCUACCCGGUCUUUUUGUACCUCUUCUAAGACUGGAUAUAAAGGAAAGAAAAACCAUCGGCACCAAAGAAUUAAGGCCACUAACCUGCCCUGACUUCCAGACCAGCAAUCCAAACAGUCUUAUCUGGUAUAAAUCCUCUGCCUCUGUUAAUUUCUGGACCCUGUUGGUGGAGAGGAACGACAACCACUUUUAAUCUUGUGGACCAGAGAACACUAUUUUUUACAUAACAUUUACUUAGCUUGCAAAAUGAUCACGGAUGGUUCCGUCCUAAGCCACUGCCUCCACACUUUCUGUCCACGGCCUGUAUUCUUUACAGAUGCCGGCUGGCUCGCCUGCCCCUCCCCAAGCAAUGGGGGCUCAACAGUAUACUCCAUUAUCCUUAGUCUUUCACCCAACAUGCAUUUUCAAUCCAGCAUUUGUUGGGCUAAAAUGAGUAGUGCAUUCUUUGAGGUAUAAAAAUGCACUUUACAGAGACAGAAAGUAGAUUCAUCUGGUGUCUUUAAAAGCUUCUAGCCUCUCUGCCAUGCAUUUCACUGUUCCUGUGGGAGAGGUUAGCCCACAUGGCAUCUAUAACGACUGGACAGGCCCCAGGGCAAAGUAUGGACGAACUGUAGUCAAUCAAAUAACUUAUUCUGGAACGAUGCGGAUUUUGCUGUAAUGUACAAACUGCUCAAUGAAUUAAAUAACGUUUUCAGAAGCUCUCUGUGUUGUCACU